AUGAAGUUAAACCAAAGUUGCUUAUGGGCGGAAACCGGAGAAUUUCGGGACAGUGGGCACUCGUCCCUGACUUCAGGGGGCUCCGGCGUCGAUCAGUCUUCGCUCUACGCGCCUCCCAGACCGCGAAGGGACCGCAAACACACAGACGACAACAACCGACCACUGACCUCGGAGCCGACGAUAAAGACGGAGUCAACGACCCCGGGCGUGGGUCCAGACGAGCCGUCCUUGGACGAUAAAGGGGACAAGAAGAACAAGCGGCAGCGCCGCCAGCGGACGCAUUUUACCAGCCAACAGCUCCAGGAGCUGGAGGCGACCUUCGCGAGGAACCGAUACCCGGACAUGUCCACGCGGGAGGAGAUCGCUAUGUGGACGAACCUCACGGAGGCGAGAGUCAGGGUGUGGUUCAAAAAUCGGCGGGCGAAAUGGCGGAAGCGGGAGCGGAACGCGAUGAACGCCGCAGCGGCCGCCGCCGCCGACUUCAAGAACGGCUUCAGCACGCAGUUCAACGGGCUGAUGCAGCCUUUCCCGGACACGGACGCGCUGUACUCCUCGUACCCGUACAACAACUGGGCCGCGAAGGUGCCCAGCCCGCUCGGCACGAAGAGCUUCCCGUGGCCCGUGAACCCGCUGGGCUCGGUGGUGCCCGCGAGCCACCACCAGGGCUCGGUGAACUGCUUCAACCCGGCGACGUCGAUGGGGGGCGUGGGCGGCGGGGGCAUGGCGGGCGUGGGGGGCGCGGGGGGCGUGGGGGCCGGCGUGGCGCCGUGCCCGUACACCGCGCCGCCGAACCCGUACAGCAUGUACCGCGCGGAGCCAUGCCCGGCGAUGUCCUCCUCGAUCGCGUCGCUGCGGCUGAAGGCGAAGCAGCACUCGUCGGGCUUCGGCGGGGGCUACGGCGGCGUGUCGCCGGUGUCGCGCGCCGGCUCCGCGCCGCUGGCCGCCUGCCAGUACGCGGCCGGCGGCGUGGGCGUGGCGGACCGCGUGCUC